AUGGCGUCGCUUCUUCGAGGCACUGCCUUCAUCACCGGCGCUGCUUCAGGUAUCGGCCAACAAACCGCCUUGGCAUUCGCGAAAAACGGCAUCACACGCCUCGCUCUUGCUGACGUUAACCGUGAGGCUCUCGGAGCAACAACCGACCUUCUAGGGCGUCUGUAUCCCACUGCCGAAGCCCUCUGCCUCCCGCUUGACGUCCGCGACGCCUCGGAAGUGAAUACCAGCAUCGGCGAGGUGGUGUCGCGCUUCGGACGUCUCGACGUCGCCGUGAACAAUGCCGGAAUCGGAGGCAGUGGUCGGUCAACGCAUGAGUCUGAUGAAGAUGAGUUUCUCCGAGUUGUCGACAUCGACCUGCACGGGGUGUGGAGAUGCCAGCGUGAGGAGAUCAAGGUCAUGCUGAACCAAAAGUACGCGCAAUGGCCCCCGAAGCCUAGGGAUCUGGGGUUCCGACGGGGCCGUGGCGCCAUCAUCAACGUCGCGUCCGUCCUCGGCGUCGUGUCGCCCGCGCCAUUCCUGUUCCAGACGGCCUACUCGACUGCGAAGCAUGGAGUGAUGGGCCUGACCAAGAGCGAUGCCAACACAUACGGACCUCACGGUAUCAGAAUCAACGCCAUCUGCCCUGGUUUCAUUGCGACACCAACCAUUCUUUCUCUUGCACAAGAGCCCGGGGGUGCGAUAAGUCGCUACAUCGCCGAUACACCGCUCCAGCGUCUGGGCACAGUUGAGGAGAUUGCUGAUUGCAUCACCUUUCUUGCUUCCGAUAUGAGUAGCUUGAUGCAAGGCGCCGGUCUGGUUGCUGACGGUGGGCUCACGGCACGUUAG